GCUUGAAUCUGCAAGAAGAAGGCACUUCAACAUGGCAUCCAAAAAGUCCUUACCCAUCAGCAGUACCAUCACUGUCAUGGUCAUCGUGGUCGUUCUUGUUCCAUCAGCACUGCUGGAUCAGACAGCCGAGUUCGAGGCCGCAUUCAUGAAGAAGUGUGUUGAGUAUCCAAAGGACAAAAACAGGUAAGUCUCUUGACACUUUCUAUUAAAGGAGGCCUCAUUGGGAUUAAGUCUACAGAUUAUUUUUGCAUUAUCAACUAAAAGUAAUCAAACAUUUAUUCAUCAUGGAUUUAAUAAAGUCUGAUGUAUUUGCGUGUAACAUUUGUCUUUCAGCUGUAAGGCGACACUGGCGAUCUUUGAACGUGCCUAUGUGGGGAAGAAAGAAUCAGAUAUCACUAAGGACAGCUACAACGAACUCUUUGAUAAGACGCCCUUCACACAUCCAUGUGGCAAGGUAAGCUGAAUUUGUCAAACAGCUCUUUAAUGUGGAAUUUAGUUUGUAUAUCUAACAAUGUCAUGUUAACUCUUGUGGGGUUAGAGCCUGUUUUGGAGUGGGACAUAUCAGCUGGCCAGCCGGUUCACGCAGAAGAGAGACAAUUUUAUCGCCGUUGGGGACACUUUGUUGUGUUAUGUGCUGACUGGGAUGAAAUGGUGUUCAAAGGAAGGCAGCAAGGGUGAGAUUCAUCAUUUACAGUCAGUCCAGAGUCUGAAAAAUACUGUUUUGCCUAACUUGAAAGUACAAUGUAAUUUUUUUUUUUUACAGCUAAUUAUCUAAAAACAAUCAAAUCGUCUUUGUUUUCUUUUACAACCUGAAAAACAGGAGCAUUUUGUGAUAUCCGUCAGUCGGCUGUAUAACUUCUAUGCAAGUUCCUUGAUCCAUAAUCUGUCACGCAGAGAUCAACUGCAGUUUCAAUCGCAAGUAACUUUUAUAAAGAUAUGCUUUGUGUGUUUCUGCCUGUGUUUUUCUAGCAACCUUUACAAAAGAUUGUGGUGACUCCUCGCUUGUCCCUGUUAUUUCAUUCUGGCUAAAGGCCUCUGUAAAGGUGAGAAAGUCUUUUCUAAGCAGUUGCACUUUUUCAGUCGUUACAAUAUGCAAUGGUCCUUAAACUUACAAGAAGACAAAAUCAUCAGGCCUGGUUCUCCUAAAAAGUCCUUGUUGGUCCCCUGGGGAGCAAAAUUGCACAUUUCAUUUUAACUGAGACAUGGGCUGACAUGAGGAGGUGUGACCACAUGUGCUGUGAUAACAUAGCUCAGACUGAUAUAAAUAAUAAAACUAAAACUAAACUAUUUGUCCAACACUUUACUGUCAUGCUUUAUGUCUAUAGUUUGCCCAGUAUGCCUGUGAUGAUCUCCAUGUGAUGCUGGAUGGUGAAACAAAGCAACCAUUCUACCCAGGCACGUAAGCAGCUCUACAUUUACUCUGUUUUAUAAAUGAUACCAGUGAAGAGAAAAUCCCUCUACCUGUGCUGUUUCAUAUGUUCAAAUAUGUGUAAGACUGUUCUUCAUGGACAGUAACAUCUCCUUUAAAGAUUGAUGAUUUUGUAUAAUCCUUAAAGUUUGCUCCUCUGUCUUUUUUGCUCAAAGUGCCUUCGAUACAGAAGAGGUCCCAUAUUUUCAAUCUCCCAGAGUGAAGAGCCUCACUGUUAUUCUGGUUGUAAAUGAGAAGACCGGGUAUGAUUUCACUAACUGAUUCAGUAAAUACAUUGAUAAAUUUGUCUUAUAAAUACAUGAGUACAUAUUAUGAAGUAUUUUUUUAUUAAGGCGUUUUGUGCCUCUAAUGGGAGAUAGAGAGAGGGAAUAACACACAGCAAAAUGUCAGGGCCAGAAUUCAGGCCCUCGGCUGCUGCAGGGACUUUGGUCCUAAUAUGAGGGAUGCGCCAACUUGCAAUGCUAUCUAUUCACACUGCAGUUCCUGCUUUUUUAAUAUAUUGUGUUACCUCUUUAUGUCUUUAAUUUAGCACUAAGUGCAACAAUGAGUCCCUCAAAAACUUGAGCAACAUCAUGAAAGGAAAAAAGAUCGGCUACGCUUGCAAGGAGGUGACUAAGUAAGUAAAGUGCCAACCAUAUUUGACUCAGUGCUCUUUUAGGCUAUUAAUGAAAAACUCUCGUGUUUCAUUCAUUUCACAGAGCGCACAUUGAGGACUGCAUAAAAAAAGGCAAAGGAGUCUGCUUUUGAAAGCUGCUGCGCUGACUGUCAUGUACGCCACACUGUUUAAGAAGAAAUCCCUCAAUGCAGAAAGAUAAAUCAUUUAUCUUAAAUUUGUUGAUUUUCUAAAGAUAUGUGAUUGACUUUUAGAAAACCAGUGUAAUGUCAUAUCAAAUAAUCUAAGCGAGAAUUUGUGGGCUUUGUCUGAUUUGUUUGAAUUACAAAAUAAAUGGCAAAUGGUGUCUA